UGAAAUGUCAUUCGCACUCUUUUACUGAAAAUAUUUUUUUAUUUUGUUUGUUCUCGCGUGAAAAUUGGGAAAAAUCUGGUGAAAAGUGAAUGGAAAUUUUGCUAAAGAAAAUCGUACUUUCUCAAUAAAGCUAUAAGGGAGGGAAAGAGUAAGAAAAAGCAGUAAAGACACUAAAAGGGAAGUUUUGGGGAUUUCCUGGAAAAUUUCGUGAAAUCCCUGAAGAUUAGCCAUGCCACUGUGUGCGUACUUUGUCAGUGGAAAAUGUUCUUAUGGGAACAAGUGCCACAACAGCCAUGUCGAUGUUCAACAAAUGGUCCAGACAGAGAUGAAGGCAGCAAUUCAUGGGAAGCAGUGGCCAUUGAGUUGUUUUAGUCCCUUCAAGGAUGAACCGUCACUGCCGGACCUCAUUGAGGAUCAAUCAUUUGAGGAGAUUCGAUUUAAUUUCUACCUGGCCAAGAUGGAAAAUCGCCUCCCACAGUUCCAGGAGGAAUUCAAACGCAUCACUGGGAUUGCUUUUGAGAAGAUGUCAAAGCUAAUGUUGUCCGAUCCGGCAGUUAAGAAUUAUCUCAUUGAUAUUUUUGGCAUAAACGGCAAGAGGAGUCGACAGGUGAAAUCUGGGGGGACAUUUGCGAAUACCUUUGGCAGUGGGGACACCGGUGGAGGGGGCAAAUCGAUCUUUGAUCGAAUUUCCAGCAAUGUUUCCACAGAAGCACCCCAAAGUGCUUUUGGGGCACCCACGGGAAGCUCCUUUGGUGGUGCUUCAUCAAUAUUUGGUGGACAAUCAAGUUUUGCACCUCAAGCAGCACCACAAAAGAGCAUAUUUGGGCAACAACAGAGUGUCUUUGCAUCGCAACAAAGUCAAUCGAUUUUUGGGCAGAGUCAGCAAACAAAUUCUUUCUUCAAACUACCUCAAUUGGGUGCACCACAGGCAGCCAGUGGAGGGAAUAUAUUUGCUCAAUCAUCCUUUGGGGCUCCUCCUUCAGCUCCAGCUUCAGCAUUUCCAGCUGCAACGAAUAAUUCAAUCUUCGGCAGUGGAGGUUUUAGCAAUACACAACCAAUGAGUACAGAAAGUAUUUUUGGGGGAGGCGGAAACACAGGAGGAUCAUUUGGUCAACAAAACUCAGCUUUCGGCCAAACACCGUCAUCUCAAUUUGGACAAUCUGUCCUGGCACCACCGUCCUUUGCAGCACCACCACAGAGUGUCUUUGGGCAACCACAGCAAAUGGCACAACAAUCACAACCAAUGCAACAGGCGCAGGAUGGUGGUUUUGGUCAGAUGAUGAUGCAGCAGCAGCCAAAUAUGCAACAAGUUCAGCAACCCCAUGGAAAUCUUCAGCAGACUCCCUUUGGGGUACAACAAGCACCCCCACAGAGUGUCUUUGGGAAUGUUAAUGCAACACAACAGCCACAGCAGCAGCAACCUGUGAGUUCUGUCUUUACGAAUCCAUCACCUUUUGCCCAGAGCAAUCAGCCACCACCGAGUGUGCCACGAAUGAAUCCUCCGGCAUUUGGUGCACCACCGCCAAGUCAACCUCCAGCUGCACAACUUGCCCAUUUCUACAGUAAAAUUGACGAAUUAACACCACAAGAUCUUGAAGCAUUCAAAGCGGAUGCUUUUGAGCUUGGAAAGAUCCCCACAAUGCCCCCACCGAUUGAACUCUGUAGCAUGUAGAAAGCGAAGACAGAAGAGUGCCAAGAAAAAUAGAUCAAAAGAAUAUUUUCAAUCAAGAAUUUUAGUAAUUUUUAUUUACUUUCAAAAAGAAUUUCUACAAAAAAACAUAUUCGAGGUAGCCGCCCGCAUUUCUUCACCUAAUAAGCUCCUGAAUGUGAGGCUGCUUGUGAGCUCCAUCACAGAAGGGUCGUCUCUUGGUUUGCUUACAAUUGCAUAGCCAAUAAGUUCCGGACUUUUCAACCUGGAAGCGCACUGGGCGUAGUUUGAUUUUCAUGAAGACAUUCUUAUGGGUACCAUCGCAGAAUGGUUGACCCUUAGACUUCCCACAGAGGCACCAGGAGUAGAGUUUAUCUUGAAGAUAUUUUAAAUUUUGUUUCAAAAGGUUUUUUUUUGUUGGAAGAAAAUCAUCAAAAUUUUACCUUUCUCCAGUUCCACUUUAAAGGGUUUCUUAUCGUAGAUUACCCCAUUUUCCGUUUGAUCCUGAGCUGAUUGAUAGGGCUCCAGGACAUUCUUUGGUAGCUCCACAUUUGAUUUUUUAUCACUGAAAUUCCUCCGAGCC